UUUCUGAGUCUUCCAGUUGGAGUUGCUGCAGAGUGAAGGUGCCGCUUCUCUUCCCCACUUCUGCUCUGGACAAGUUUCAGUGAGUCCGGCUCACUCUGACUUUAAAUUGAAACCACUUUAGCAGGAGAAUAAACGAGCCAGUUUAUUUAAAGUCGGUCCACCGGUUGCCCAAUGAAGGCGCCUAAGCCUCGAGUUUAUUUUUAGUUGCGAUCCCCUUCUAUUUGCAGCAGAAAUAACCAAUGCGUGCCUUUGAAUUUAUUGCUCUCCCCUCCCCUCCCUCUGCUCUGAUGCUGACAGUACAUUUGAUCCCGUUUCAGUCCAUUUACUCCACGGAUCGACAACAGGGCUCAUCCACAUCAUCCUGAUGCCUCCAUCCCCUCUAGACGAACGGAUUGUUGGGGUGGUGGCAUUGCCGAGGCCGGUCAGACCGCAGGAACUCCAUCUCCGCUUGGAUAACACCUACGUGGCUUCUCCUGGAGCGACGACAACUCCAGCAGCUGGCGACCCGAAAGCCCAGAGCACGACCCUCAGCCCAGCGGCUGUGGUCCCGUUCCGAAGCGGUAACUUUACGUAUAUGCCAUCAUCUAACGGCUCGGUGCGCUCCCUGUCCUGCGGAUGCAGCAGCGCUAGUUGCUGCACGGUGACCACCUACCAGAACAAGGGCGACCAGAGCCAAGCAUCAGUGGGCGGCAGCAGCAACCUGGUCCCAGCCCCGGCUGCUAAACUCGGCACUUCAGCCAACUGUCCCUCCUGUGCCACUAGCCCGAUGGUGAGCAACAACAAUGAGAACGGCGGCACUCUGAACCCCCUGGCUUCUGCAUCGGCUGGUGGACCUGGAGGACCCCUGUCUCCUCCAGCCAGUGCGGCCACCAAGCAGGCGAUCCGCACCAUUUACCCCACCGAAUUAGCCAAGAAACUGACCAAAUGCAGCAAGGGCCCCCAGUCGCAGAGCCAGGGUCCUGUCAUCAUAGACUGCCGCCCUUUCAUGGAAUACAACAAAAGCCAUAUCCAAGGAGCCGUCCACAUCAACUGCUCUGACAAGAUCAGCAGGAGGAGGCUGCAGCAGGGCAAGAUCACGGUCUUGGAUCUCAUCUCUUGUAGGGAAGGCAAAGACUCCUAUAAAAGGAUUUUCUCCAAGGAGAUAAUAGUUUAUGAUGAGAACACUAAUGAGCCUAACCGGGUGAUGCCCUCUCAGCCACUUCAUAUAGUGCUGGAGUCGUUGAAACGAGAAGGCAAGGAUCCACUGGUUUUAAAAGGUGGCCACAGCAGUUUCAAACAACAUCAUGAGAAUCUCUGUGAUCAUUCUCUGCAGCUUCAGGAGUGCCCAGAUGCAGGGGCAGCCUCAGCAAUUCCAACACAGCUACCUCAGUCCAUCCCCACUACCCCAGACAUUGAAAAUGCAGAGCUGACACCCAUCCUACCCUUCCUGUUUCUAGGAAAUGAGCAGGAUGCUCAGGAUAUAGAAAAAAUGCAGCGGAUGAAUGUUGGCUACAUCAUCAACGUAACUACCCACCUGCCUCUUUAUCAUUAUGAGAAAGGUAUCUUCCAUUACAAACGGCUACCUGCCACUGAUAGCAACAAGCAGAAUCUCAGGCAAUACUUCGAAGAGGCCUUUGAAUUCAUUGAGGAAGCUCACCAGAGCAGCAAAGGGCUGCUCAUUCACUGUCAAGCUGGUGUUUCUCGUUCUGCUACAAUUGUUAUUGCCUAUCUGAUGAAGCACACACGGAUGACCAUGACUGAUGCCUACAAAUUUGUUAAAGGAAAGAGACCAAUUAUUUCCCCAAACCUCAAUUUCAUGGGACAGUUGCUGGAAUUUGAAGAAGACCUAAACAAUGGUGUCACUCCUCGAAUUCUCACACCAAAGCUGGUCGGGGUAGAGACAGUUGUCUAAAGUGACCUGGUUGACUUUUUGUAGGUCGUUUUUAAAAGUGAUGUUUAUCUCCCCUUGACGCUUUGAAGCGUCUUAUACUAUGCUGGAACUGAGAACCUAAGAAAGACUGCAUUAUCAUUGAUUGUGGAAUUAUACAGUUGGUGGUCUGUGCAGGUUCAUAGACAGCAACAAACAACUGGAAAUGAAGGGAAGAACAUGAUAGUGGGUAUAUGGUCUGGAAAUUUAUCAAGAAAUGUCCUUUCAACUAUCCAAAGGUUGCCAAAGCAGUUUGCUCACAGUGAAGGAACCCAACACGCACAUAGCUGCAACUAAUCUCCACUAAGCUAAUGAAGAAAGAAUUGUAAAGAGAAACCUGAUUAUUUUGUGCGUUCAGGUCCUGUUAAUGCUGGUUAUAUUUUUCUAUGAGGGUUAAAUAGAAUUGUGGGAGUUGAAUUUAAAAUGGUCUCAUCCAUUACAUGCCUUCUGAGGCUCAUUGUGCAAUAAUUGAUUUGCGUGUGGAAUACCAAAUGGAUGGAGCUGGGUGCAUUUUCCUUAUGUAAAUAGUCAGCAACAUGCACCUACUCAAACUGGUGGGGGAGGGAUGGGGUGCGGGGGAACUCAAUGAAAAGCAAUUUUUUACUUUAAAUUCUGGUCACAGUACCACAUGUACUGUGGCAAUUUCUUUGAAACAUGUUAGAUCAGAAUGUUAAAGAAAAAUGUUAUUUAAUAUUUUUCACACACAAUCUGUGUGUUACUGUUGUCUGUGUAUAAUUUUGUUUAUAAAAAAAAUUAUGUAUAA